GCAGCCGUCGCACCAGAUAUGCGAACCUUAGUGCUGCGGGAAGGAGGAGCUUUCUAUUUUUUGAUAGUUAUGGAAAAUAAAGUAGCUGAUUUGAAAAUAAAUGGCUACGUGAUGUUGCCAUUGAACUAUCCUAAGCAAGUGCCUCUAAUCGCUGUGUCAGUGAUGAAAACGGGUGGAAAAGAGAUGGCAUCUCAAACUUUCACCACCGCCAAUAGCUAUAUCGUAAAAGCACUUGAGACAUAUGUGAACAUUACAUGCAUCAAUAAAGGAGCAACUGACGUUGAUUCGCUGCUUACGCGACAGUUAGCAAAUUUGGUCAGUAGAUGUGAUGUCAUUGCUGACCUUGUUCCUCAGCUUAACAAUGGAAACUCGCAAAAGCAGCACUUAUACAGCAGAACAUCCCGAGAGGUUGGCAUCUCCUGUUUAGAUGAAGUCUUUUUAGGGGAAGAGACGAUGACUUGCCCUUUACGUAUUUGUCAUCCACAAGCGCCUUCGCCUACAUAUAACAUUGAUGUGCUUUCUGUGGUCUGA